CCCCCUAUCAGUUACUUUUUAUCAAUAAUCACUAAUCAAUCUUCGUAUAUAAAAAGAAUUACAAUUUUGUUUCAUCCUCACAUUAAAUAGUUCUCUGAUUGUUUCAAUUAAAAUGUUCAAACUUUGGGCGCUACUCGCGAUCGUCGUUCUAAACGACAUUGCGUCGGCCUCAACAGAAAAUUUUCAACUAACUCCGCCGUUUGAAUCAUCGAAAAAUAUUGAGCGAAUAGCGUACGAUUGCUACGGCGAAUGUCCAAACGAUCGACUGAGCAAAAUUUACCUUCUUGCUAAUCGAGAAAAAACAAAAUUCUGCAAUUGCAAGUAUGGAAUUCCGUAUUUACAAGAAUGUCGUUCAAAUUUGGUGUUUAGUCUCGAAGAAGGUGAAUGCUUAGAUCCGAUGCUUAGUAAAUCAACAAAUACCACCAACUUAACCAAUUUCGUGCAAUCACUUUGGGAAAGAACAUCAGCGGUUUUUGGUUCUAGAAGCAAUUCAUCCCAAGAGAAAGAAAACGACGUGAGAUGUAUUGGAGAAUGUUCAGAUGACAUUGAGAACGUAGCAACCCUCUUACCUCACGAAGACUGUACCAAAUUCUGUCUAUGCAAACACGGCAAUACAAAUGUCAAAACUUGUUCGGAUAAUUCGGAUUUUGAUGCUGAAGAAGGAGCUUGUGUCCCGAAUGGAAAAUCGCAGUGUAAAAAUUCAAAAAUCGAAUCUAAACCAUCUUAUGAUUGUGUUCGAAAAUGCCCUCCAGUCGGGAAUUUGUUCGGUGCAACGUUAAUAGCUCACGAUGAUUGUUUUAAAUACUGUUUAUGCAAAAAAAAUGAUGCUGUGAUUAUCAAGGAUUGUCCUUUAAAUUACCAUUUCAGUCCUGAACAAGGAACGUGUCUUAAACCAGAAGAAGCAAAAUGUGAUCGCUUAAACGGAACAGUUACUGCUCUUGAGGGAUGUAUUGGCACUUGUUCAAGUACCGAAGACCCUAAUAAAGUCUGCUUCCUUGCCCAUGAAGACUGUGACAAGUAUUGUAUUUGCAGAAAUCUUAACAUCACUGUGAAAAGUUGCCCUCCUGGCUUGCACUUUCACCUAGAAUCUCAAAAAUGUACAAGGAAAGAAGUAGCUGGAUGUGAACCGCCACCCAAAGGAUGUGUUAUUGAAUGUCCUACAGUGGUUAUUGACAAUGUAACUUGUUCAACACCUAACACUGACUGUAGUAAAUACUGCUUAUGUGUUGAUGGUCAUCCUAUUGAAAAAGACUGCCCAGAAGGUCUUCACUUUAGUGUGGACGAGGGGAUUUGUGUUGAUCCUAUAACUGCUGGAUGUAAUAUAACAACUACCACAUCAACAACAACAACAACAACUACGACAACUACGACUACGACGACUACUACAACAACUACAACACCAGCGCCAAUACCCGAAGGUUGUUUGUCAUCAGAAUGUGAUCUUGAUCCCAACAAAGCAUGUCUUAUCAAGCAUUCAAAUUGCUCGAUGUAUUGCAAGUGUUAUCAAGGAGAAAUAACAAUAGUUUCUUGUCCAGAAGGAUUACAUUUCAGUUUAGAUUAUUUUGAAUGUGUUGACCCUAAAACUGCUGGUUGUGAAAAUAUAACAACAACUACAACGACAGAAGAGCCAAGAGGUCCCUGUGAUCAUACAUGCACUCAAAAUGAAAAUUGCAGAUGGCCAACUGAAGAUUGCACGCAAUAUUGUCAGUGCGAUGAUGGUGAAAUAUUUCUUGAAGAUUGUCCAGAAGGUUUGAAUUUCAGUCCUACAAUUGGUAUGUGUGUAAGUCCGAACGUUGCUGGGUGUGGCACUUCAACGACACCGAAACCACCCAAACCACCGAAACCACCUGCAGAAGGUUGCUAUAAUGAAUGUGUUGCCGACGAUGAUCCCGACAGGAUUUGCCUCGAGCCCAACAAAGACUGCACUAAAUUCUGUGUUUGUCACAAUGGAGUUUCAACAGUAGAGAACUGUCCCAUGGGUUUGCAUUAUAAUCCAGAACUCAUGAUUUGUAUGGACCCGGCGAUCGCAGGAUGUGUACGCUAUGGUUGCAUCGGCGAGUGUCCUUCUGAUUUUGUAAACCUUGACGCAGCUUGUUUGCUAACUCACGCUGACUGCACCAAAUACUGCCACUGCAUCCGUGGCAAUCCUGUAGUUGAAAAUUGCUACUCGGGCCUGCACUUCAGUUGGGAUCUCGCACGUUGCGAUAACCCCUAUGUAGUCGAGUGUGACCGGAUUAAUGGAACCGUUCCUUCUUCAUCGACCUCCUGGUUACCUCACGGUAGUACGGAUUAUUUCAAUCGCCAUUUUUACGCUAAAGAAAUCGACUCGGAAGAUUGCGUUGGAGAUUGUCCUUUGGAAGAUAUCUUUGAUGUCGCUGUUGUAUUACCGCAUAAAGAUCAGUUCAAAUACUGCCAUUGUAUCAAGGGACGCGCUUACGCUGAACUCUGUCCAGGAAAUUUACGGUUUAAUAUCGCUGAGGCUAAGUGUGUCAAUUGAAAAUAACAAUUAAAA